GGAAAAUCUCUCCUUGACGCGGUUCUGAGAGGUACGUACCAGCACCAGAGAUAGCGAGUUGGUGGUCCAAAAUAGCGCGUCAUCAAUGGCAAGUGCCAUAUAAAGAGAGCGAGGGAGAGAGAGGGAGAGAUUUCCAUCUAAAACCUGCAAAAGCUGACACGGUUACUACGAGACGGGCGGACGACUCUAUCACGCUUCAUAUCGCUGCCAAUUGGGCUGUGGCCGCGAAGUGGGGAAGCUGUCAGCGAUGCAUGGGAAUCUUCAAUGAAUGACAAGAGCAAGGUGAACGAACAAGGCGCAACUUUCUGAAGUCCAAGUGUUGAUUGGGAUGUCCUAGGCCGGUGGCGGUGGAUCAGAGACGGUCCCGCCGGGUGAAGGGAGUAAUGGUCAUCUUGGUCCUGGCUAUGGUCAUCUCAUAUUUCGGUUGUCCGCAAGCAGCCCCGAUGAAAGAAGCCGGCGCCUCCUUCUACCCCGGGCGAGCGGACGGGGCGAGAGACGGGAUGGGACCGGCCCGCGGGCUGGGAGCGCUGGCCCAGACGGUGGAACAUGUGCUGGAGGAACUGCUGGAGGAGGUGGAUGAGCCGGAGAGACCGGCGAGCGACAGCGACAGCGAAGGCGGGGGCAACAAGGAAGUCGACCUGUACUCGUCGCGGGUGAUGUUGAGCGGCCAAGUGCCUCUGGAGCCGCCCCUGCUCUUCCUGAUGGAAGAGUACAGGAACUUCUUGGAAGCGGCCAACAUGUCGGCCCGGGUCCGGCGCCACUCCGACCCGGGGAGGAGAGGGGAGCUGAGUGUGUGUGACAGCAUCAGUCAGUGGGUGACGGCCGACAAGAAGAAGACUGCCGUGGACAUGUCCGGCCAGACGGUCAGCGUCUUGGAAAAAAUCCUCGUCCAGAACGGCCAACUUAAGCAGUACUUUUACGAGACCAAAUGCAACCCCAAGGGUUUCACCAACGAAGGCUGCAGGGGAAUAGACAAGAAACAUUGGAAUUCGCAGUGUAGAACCAGCCAAUCCUAUGUGCGAGCUCUAACCAUGGAUGGUAGGAAGAAGAUUGGGUGGAGGUUUAUACGGAUAGACACGUCGUGUGUAUGUACGCUCACCUUUAAGAGGGGGAGAUAAUAAAUUGGUGUAUAUAGAUUUUAUUGAGAAGUAAUCUAUUUGUAUAUAUUACAUACAGGGUAAUUUAUUCCGUCGAGAUGAUACAGAAUACUAAUUUUAUGGACUGCAUGUGUAAAUGAAGUUUAUACCGUUAAAAAAAAAAGUGGUUAUACGGUUUAUUUAUUGAACAUGUCCAUGGCCCGGGGAAGUGU